AUGACCUACAAAGUCCUCAUUGUUCUCUUCGUCCUCUGUGCUGAGCCAACUGGAGGUAUACGUGGACCAGAGAAGGAGAAAGGGCAUCCUCCCCGACAUGUGCGACCAGUGCCUUACAAUUAUCAUGGCCCAGCUGUUGGUGGUGGGCCGGGGCAGGUGAUGGAUCUCAGCAGAGGACGCUACCUUGAUCAUCGUGAUCGUCGUGAUCAUCGUGGUCAUCGUGAUCGUCGUGAUCAUAGCGGUCAUCGUGAUCGUAGUAGUCAUCGUGACCGUCGUGAUCGUCGUGACCAUCGUAACAUGAUCUUGACCCCACAGAAGACCAGGAAGAUACGGUGGGCUGAUGAAGGGGGGAAGCCAUUGACGACGGCCUCUGAUGAGAGAGUUGAGCCAUCUGUUCGUGAUGACAGGGCAAUAAAACGUGUUAAGUCGAUUCUUAAGGAGAGAGGUCAGAAUGUCGGCCAAGUUGAAGAGUCUACUGAAAGCAAGGCGCCAGAGACCUCUCCUGGAUCCAAGAAUGAGGUUCAGGAAAGAGCGGUAUCGACCGAUACCAUGUAUGCUGGGGUAGACCCGAAAUCUUCUGCCAGAGGUGAAGUGACUGUGGAGGAGGAAAAGCCGAGAAAGGCGGAUCGUAGAGGCCCAUUCGUGACGAAGAUUAUUGUUUGA